AUGUGUGCACAGAUUUUGUCAUUGACCACACAACUUGCCGAUCUGCAGGCAAACCCCCCUGCUGCAACCCCCUCAGUCGGGAAAAAGUUCAAUAAGAAAGUCGAAGUCAUCACUGACCUUGGCGCCUUCGAAGGAGACAGAGCACAAUUCGCCGAGUGGUGGAUCAAGCUCCAAAUUUGGGUGGUGGCUAUAUCUCGACUAAAAGGACCUGUGGCAGGUCAAUACGCCCAAGUUAGAAUGCAGGAGUGCUACACCGUGGGAGUGUGGCCUGUCUGGGAUGAUCUCAAAGUUGAGAUCAAAAAGUAUUUCAAACCGCAAGCUGAGCGUGACUGGGCGCGUCAGCAGAUCCAUACCUUCAAGCAAGGAAACAUGAGGUCGGAUGAUUUUGUGACCCAGUUCCUGGCCCUCUCUAUCCAAGGGGGCUUAGGUAAUGAAUAUGCAGUGGAACUGCUGGAACGCAAUGUGAACCCCCACAUUGCAGAACAGCUCUAUCUGCAGGAUAUGAGGAGUGAUAACCUCUCCUAA